ACCUCCACUACCAUGCACUCAGCCAAGCAAAGCAUUAUAACCCAAACUCCCCCCAAGUCCCAAUUAAACCAUAAAACCAUGGCCUCCUCCAUAAGCACGGCAGCAUUCCUCCUCCUCUUAGUGGGAACUCUGUUGAGUCUCCAAACCGCUCCUGUCUCUGCAGCCGAUCGCCUGAACGCAGGCCAGUCGCUGGGAGGGGGACAGUCACUCGCACAAGGCCCCUACAUAUUCAUCAUGCAGAAAGACUGCAACCUCGUCCUCUACGAUAACAACAAAGCAGUCUGGGCGACGGGGACCAAUGGAAAGGCCUCCGGCUGCUACGUCACGAUGCAGCGUGAUGGUAAUCUCGUGAUUUAUAGCGGCACCAGGGUUAUCUGGGCAAGCAACACCAAUCGCCAAAACGGUAACUACUAUCUCAUCCUCCAGAGAGAUCGCAACGUCGUCAUCUACGACAACUCCAACAAUGCUAUCUGGGCAACUGGCACCAACGUUGGCAAUGCUGCUAUUGUCGUCAUCCCGCAUAGCAACGGCACGGCGGCUGCGUCUGGCGCGGCGCAGAACAAGGUCAAGGAACUAUAUCCUUGAUUAAGGUCGGAGAUACUCGAAGAAGUAUAUAUAGUUAGUAUAUUCUAAAUAAAUUGGUGUCGGCAACCUGGUUGCUAUUGUCGGGA